AUGACUUUAACGAAUAGAACUAAAGCGUUGUCCGGGGAUCAAGACGAUGAUGACAGCGUCUUGGACGGAUUACAAGUAUCUAUUUUGAAAGCAGAAUUGCGUCAGGAUCCUUACAACAAAAAAUGUGGCUUUGCUGAAACAAAAACCUUCGCGCAAAUUGCGCAAAUCACCGGGGAGUCAUUUCAACCCUAUUACAAGAAAAUUAAGUGA